GGGGCAGUAACGGGAUGCCCAAGGAAAUAGAGAAGCUCAAUAAUCUUCAGGCACUCUUUACUUGAUGGAUAUCACCGAUAUCAUCCGCGGGAAGGUGGACGAUGAAGAAAAGCAGCACUUUAUUCCCUUUCAGCAGAUUGCAAUGGAAACCUAUAUCCGACAGAGGCAGCUGAUCAUGUCACCCUUGAUAACAUCCCACGUGAUCGGGGAGAAUGAGCCGCUCACUUCAGUCUUGAAUAAAGUGAUAGCAGCAAAGGAAGUGAAUCAUAAAGGACAAGGACUUUGGGUGUCCUUGAAGCUGUUGCCAGGUGACUUGACGCAGGUUCAGAAGAAUUUUUCACACUUGGUUGACAGGUCAACAUCCAUAGCCCGAAAAAUGGGCUUCCCUGAAAUAAUACUGCCAGGAGAUGUUCGGAAUGAUAUUUAUGUCACCCUGAUUCACGGCGAGUUUGACAAAGGGAAGAAGAAGACGCCGAAGAACGUGGAGGUGACCAUGUCUGUGUACGAUGAAGACGGCAAGCUCUUGGAGAAAGCGAUUCAUCCCGGUGCUGGAUAUGAAGGCAUCUCAGAGUACAAGUCCGUGGUCUACUACCAAGUCAAGCAGCCCUGCUGGUAUGAGACCGUCAAGGUCUCCGUGGCCAUAGAAGAAGUCACCCGCUGCCAUAUAAGAUUCACAUUCCGUCACAGGUCGUCACAGGAAUCCAGAGAUAAAUCGGAGCGCGCCUUUGGGGUGGCCUUCGUGAAGCUGAUGAACCCGGAUGGCACCACGCUGCAGGACGGGCGCCACGAUCUAGUGGUUUAUAAGGGAGACAACAAGAGAAUGGAGGAUGCUAAAUUCUACCUGACCCUGCCCGGCACCAGGGUAGAGAUGGAAGAGAAAGAGCUCCAGGCAUCGAAAGCCCUGGCCAACUUGACCCCAUCCAAGGAUAGUACGAAAGAUAGCUUCCAGAUUGCCACCCUUAUUUGCUCCACGAAGCUAACCCAGAACGUUGACCUGUUGGGCUUGUUAAAUUGGCGAUCCAACGCCCAGCACAUCAAACACAACCUCAGGAAGCUAAUGGAGGUGGAGGGAGGAGAAAUCGUUAAGUUUUUGCAAGACACACUAGACGCGCUUUUUAACAUCAUGAUGGAAAUGUCGGACAACGAAACGUAUGACUUUCUUGUGUUUGACGCCCUGGUAUUUAUUAUCUCACUCAUUGGAGACAUCAAGUUCCAGCAUUUUAACCCUGUCCUUGAAACCUACAUUUACAAGCACUUCAGCGCCACCCUGGCAUACGUGAAACUGUCCAAGGUACUGAACUUCUAUGUGGCUAAUGCAGAAGACUCUAGCAAAACAGACUUGCUUUUUGCCGCUCUGAAAGCCUUAAAAUACUUGUUUCGCUUCAUCAUUCAAUCUAGAGUACUCUACCUGAGAUUUUAUGGCCAGAGUGAAGAUGGAGAUGAAUUCAAUAACUCAAUCCGCAAGUUAUUUCUCUCUUUCAAUAUGCUAAUGGACAGGCCCCUGGAGGAAGCUGUCAAGAUCAAGGGAGCAGCUUUGAAGUACCUUCCCAGAAUCAUUAAUGACGUCAAACUCGUGUUUGACCCUGCUGAACUCAGUGUGCUCUUCUGCAAGUUCAUUCAGAGCAUCCCCGACAACCAGUUAGUGCGGCAGAAACUUAACUGCAUGACCAAGGUCGUGGAGAGUCAACUCUUCCAGCAGUCAGAGUGCAGGGAUGUGCUGCUGCCCCUGCUCAUAGACCAGCUCAGUGGCCAACUGGAUGACAACUGCAGCAAGCCCGACCAUGAGGCAAGCUCACAGCUUCUGAGCAACAUCCUGGAGGUCCUGGACAGGAAGGAUGUGGGCCCCACCGAGAUGCACAUACAGCUGACCAUGGAGCGCCUGCUUCGGAGGAUCAACCGCACUGUGAUCGGGAUGAGCCGACAGUCCCCUCACAUUGGGAGCUUUGUUGCAUGCAUGAUUUCCAUUCUGCGGCAAAUGGAUGACAGCCACUACAGCCACUACAUCAACACUUUCAAGACCACACAAGACAUCAUUGACUUCCUCAUGGAAACCUUUAUUAUGUUCAAGGAUCUAAUUGGAAAGAAUGUUUAUGCCAAAGAUUGGAUGGUCAUGAAUAUGACGCAGAACAGGGUGUUUCUUCGUGCCAUCAAUCAGUUUACUGAAGUGCUCACAAGACGCUUCAUGGAUCAGGCAAACUUUGAGCUUCAGCUCUGGAACAAUUACUUCCAUCUGGCAGUAGCGUUUCUCACCCAUGAGUCCCUUCAGCUUGAAACCUUCUCACAAGCCAAGCGCAACAAAAUUGUAAAAAAAUAUGGGGAUAUGCGGAAGGAAAUCGGCUUUAGAAUCCGCGACAUGUGGUAUAACCUGGGUCCCCACAAAAUCAAAUUCAUCCCUUCCAUGGUGGGCCCCAUUCUGGAGGUCACUCUGACCCCUGAAGUCGAGCUCCGGAAAGCCACAAUCCCCAUUUUCUUUGAUAUGAUGCAGUGUGAGUUCAAUUUCAGUGGAAAUGGCAAUUUCCAUAUGUUUGAGAAUGAGUUGAUUACGAAGCUGGACCAAGAGGUGGAAGGGGGCAGAGGAGAUGAACAAUACAAAGUUCUUCUGGAAAAACUGCUCCUGGACCAUUGCCGGAAGCAUAAGUAUCUGUCCAGUUCCGGAGAAGUCUUUGCCCUCCUGGUUAGCAGCCUCCUGGAAAACCUGCUGGACUACAGAACCAUCGUCAUGCAUGACGAGAGCAAAGAGAACCGCAUGAGCUGCACGGUCAACGUGCUGAAUUUUUACAAAGAAAAGAAGAGAGAGGACAUAUACAUCAGGUACUUGUAUAAGCUUCGGGAUUUACACCGGGACUGUGAGAACUACACGGAGGCUGCUUACACGCUCCUCUUACAUGCUGAGCUCCUACAGUGGUCUGACAAGCCCUGUGUUCCCCAUUUGCUCCAGAGGGACAGUUACUAUGUUUACACCCAGCAAGAGCUUAAAGAGAAGCUGUAUCAAGAAAUCAUAGUAUAUUUUGACAAAGGCAAAAUGUGGGAGAAAGCAAUCAAACUGAGCAAAGAGUUGGCUGAGACUUACGAGAGUAAAGUAUUUGACUACGAGGGCCUUGGCAAUCUCUUGAAAAAAAGAGCCUCGUUUUAUGAGAACAUCAUUAAGGCCAUGCGGCCCCAGCCGGAAUACUUUGCUGUUGGGUACUACGGACAGGGCUUUCCGUCUUUCCUACGGAAUAAAAUCUUCAUUUACCGGGGGAAGGAGUACGAGAGGCGAGAGGACUUCAGCCUGAGGUUACUGACCCAGUUCCCCAACGCUGAGAAGAUGACCAGCACCACGCCCCCUGGAGAGGACAUCAAGUCCUCCCCAAAGCAGUACAUGCAGUGCUUCACUGUCAAGCCGGUGAUGAGCCUGCCACCCGGCUACAAAGACAAACCAGUUCCCGAGCAGGUCCUAAACUACUACAGGGCCAACGAAGUGCAGCAGUUCACGUAUUCCCGGCCGUUCCGGAAAGGAGAAAAGGAUCCCGACAAUGAGUUUGCUACCAUGUGGAUCGAAAGGACCACGUAUACGACUGCAUAUACCUUUCCUGGGAUCCUCAAGUGGUUCGAAGUCAAGCAGAUUUCAACAGAGGAGAUCAGCCCUCUGGAGAAUGCCAUUGAAACCAUGGAGCUCACCAACGAGAGGAUCAGCAACUGCGUGCAGCAGCACGCCUGGGACCGGUCCCUCUCCGUGCACCCGCUCUCCAUGCUGCUCAACGGCAUCGUGGACCCCGCCGUCAUGGGGGGCUACUCCAACUAUGAGAAGGCUUUUUUUACGGAAAAGUACUUUCAGGAGCAUCCUGAAGACCAAGAGAAGGUUGAACUGCUGAAGCGACUGAUAGCAUUGCAGAUGCCUCUGCUGACAGAGGGGAUCCGCAUCCACGGCGAGAAGCUGACGGAGCAGCUCAAGCCCUUGCACGACCGGCUGACCUCGUGCUUCCGGGAACUCAAGGAGAAAGUGGAAAAGCUCUACGGCGUGGUCACUCUGCCUCCCAACUUGUCGGAGAGGAAGCAGAGCCGCACUGGGUCUCUCGUGCUGCCCUACAUCAUGUCGUCCACCCUGCGGAGACUGUCCGUCACCUCCGUGGCGUCCUCUGUGAUCUCCACCUCUUCCAACUCAUCUGAUAACGCACCUUCCAGACCUGGAUCUGAUGGGUCCCUCCUGGAGCCUCUCUUUGAGCGCAGGGCCUCGUCAGGUGGCAGAGUCGAAGAUCUGCCCCCCAGAGAGGACAGCGAGAACCGCAUCAGCAAGUUCAAGAGAAAAGACUGGAGCCUGAGCAAGUCCCAGGUCAUUGCGGAGAAAGCACCGGACCACGAUCUGAUGAGCCCAUCCAGAAAAGCACAAAGGCCAAAGAGUCUCCAGCUGGUGGACAGUCGGCUAACGCCUUUUCAGGGCUCUUCGCCUCCUCAGUCAAUGCCCUUGAGCCCGCCACCACUCACUCCGAAAGCUACCAGGACCCUGAGCUCCCCAUCUUUGCAGACGGAUGGGGUGAUGCCGUCUACACUCCCGCCUCCACCUCCCCCAAAGAGCAAGCCCUACGAGAGCAGCCCAAAGCACUCUGCAGAGGUUGCUCCCCCACUGCCUGUCCGAAGAGAAGCCAAAGUCCCACCUCCACCCCCUCCCAAAGUCCGGAGGUCCGGCAUCCUUUCUGCUGAGCCUGGAUCUCAAUGAGGGUCUCUUCUCUAGAACUGGGUGCCUUGGACAGCUGAUGCCUGAGAAAUGGCCUCCAGGGGACAGUGCACGCCCCACCCUGGGCAGACUCCUGCUGACUACUCUGUUCUGAUCUGGGGCGAGGCCCAUCAGCUCAGCACGUGUGGGUUUCCAUGUGGAAGGCUGGAGAUGUUUGAAGCCAGGCCACUUCACCUCCAGACCACACACAAGUCCAGCACGGGGGGCUCUCUGUGCAUUUCUCAAAGGAGGGCGGUCUCCCUUGCGAUGAUUAAACUGUGCCUCUGGUGCAGAGCCACCAGGAGCUGCAGAAAGCCUGGCGAAGUUCUUCGGCCGUGGUGAGGAGGCCACCCAGUGUCGUGCUCAUUGCAGCUCUUGCUUGCUGUGCUUCGAAACGCUGUGCUUGCGGCGGAGCGCCUUUCCUGUCCCAACUAGUGUACCAAGAGACGAGCAUCAAGGAUGUGUCGGGAGCCAAAAUAGUGUCACCGUUCUAAUGUCAGCUGUGUCUCCUUUGAGGAAAAGAACACCCGUGUUGAAUGGAGAUCGGGCGUGAAUGGCUGUCUUUAUUGGACACAAAGCAUGGGCGCAAAGUUGGACUCUGAACUUUGUAGCCCCACCCCACCCACCCACCCACUUGUAAUAUGGGAAGCUCCCCCGUGCCCCGGAGUCAAUUACACUCCUGCCUAUUGGCCAUGGCUGCAAAGGAGAAGCCCUGUUGUUCUAAGGACCCCUCUGAAACCCUCCCAUUGGCACGCAGUUUCUUGCCCUGUUACCUCCUCUGAGCUCACGUCCCUGUGCGUCAGGGACGUAGAAGCCUGCAGCCCGCGUGCACACACCUCUUUUGCAGGUCCCGUGUGGAUGGUCAGUAGCUCCCAUUAGACCCUGGACAAUUCUGUGCAAUACUUCCCUUUAUUGUU